AUGGAUUUCACUUGUAGCGUUAACACAACGAACGACAACAGCCAUACUCAUCACAUCUCACCGAACGAACCGCAAACAGCAAUUCGACGUCGUAAGUCGGCGGUAGAAUUACGAUCAUUUCGCAGUGGUGUGAAUCGCGAUCAAAAAAGAAGUGUUAUCGGUUCGAAAGACGAUUCACGAACGAGUGUUUCCCUUUUCGCGAUCAACGUUUUUGAGGACGAAGCACUCGCAAGCAGUUCGUCAGUUGAUAAGAAUGAUCUUCAGUUACCUCGCUAUCAUAACAUGAAUUUGCGUUCUGAUAAUUCAGUAUCGCCACUAACUAAAUGCACUCUUAAUGCACCAAAUUCUCAACGAACAUUCGCAUCAAGAGGACCAACAGCGCGAAAGGUGCAUCGUCGUGCAGCAACAGCGCGAUUGGGUUCAGUUGUGGAACGAUCUCAACUUAUCAACCCAUCAAAUUGUGAUCGAAAUGUGAGUUGCAAAGAGAGUGGUGUUAAAGUGAGGAGAGCGUUCUCAUUUCGAGACUUGAAUGGAACUAUGAUCGAUUUCACACAACAGAAUUCUGUCAAGAGAUGGACCUCUCAAGUUCUCGCAGAAAUUGAAUCACUCCCAUCGAGCCGAUUCGAUCUGAAUAAUCUCGACUCUGCGUCAACAACAAUCACCUAUCAGUCUAAUAAAAGCACUGAUAAUUCACUAACAAUUCCAAAAAAUAGUUGCCAAUCAAGCGAUCGCAAAAAUAUUGAU